ACGUUUUUCUCACCCACACCAUCGUGAUCACCAGUGCCCCAGUGCCACUCAGUAGUAACUCUGGUACAAUAUUUCUCGCAUUUCAUGCCUGCUACGGGAACAAUCUCUAUGAAUAUUUUUAUCUGGCCAUGACGAUGGUGUAUAUAUGGGCCUUCUUGGUGAGUGGACAUGAGAUUGGUCCGGGGAUGGCUGGAGAGAUUGUGAAAAGAAGAGCUGAAUAUUGAAUACGAAGAUCAAUCCACUUAGCACAUCAGCAAUCCGCCCCUGCGACAGACAAAUAGUCGGACGACAUUUCACUCGCCUCCUUAGAAUCACUGAAUUGGAUGAGAUCCGCGUAGGACAGUAGUCCAACAAAACCGAACACACCUUUUCAACGAGGCUCUUUACGUGUCAUGUGGGGUACUCCAACACGCGUGGAACUCACAAGUUAUCCAAAUGGCUGGCUUUCCAUCUUAACAGCUGUGCCAAAGGGAGGUAGAUAGCGCACUAAUCAGCAAUUGAAAGUACAAAUGGAACGUGGCCACUUCAUGCACGUCAGACUGCCCUUCCACUCAUGAAUCAUUUUACUUUCUGAUACGAAAGGCGAACAUGCUAAAUACUGCAGGCAAUCCUGCCACGUUCCCCUUAUAUGAUAAGGAACCCUGGACUGUGCAACACAUUUCCGUCUCUCUCUCUUCCCCCCCAACCAACACUCGCCAACUCAGCCCUGUCCAUCUCAUUGGUUACUACCACCCUCAUUUCUUUACAUGAGCUCUCCAAGCCCCGAAAAGAAGCAGACCUUUCGUUCUCGAGUGGGUUCUGUGAUGCGCAGGACGUCAUCUACCCUCGUCCCUGUCAUUGGUUCUCACGAGAGCAAGGAGCACAAAGAACACAAAGAACACAAAGAACACAAAGAGCCAAAGCUGGCUCAGAUGUUCCGAAGGGGAUCUAUCAAUUCUUCAUCGUCCGAUACUAGUGGGAGCGGGGCAGCUGUUGGCGGCAGUAGCAGUAGGAGACCUAGCGUUGACGUAGCGCCGUCCCCGCCGCUAGUCCAGAACCAAACCCAGGCAUCAAAUCCGCAUCCACAGUCAGUCGCUGCAUCAUCCGUGCCGAGCCCUAUCGCUGAGUCACCUUUGCGAGAAUCGGCUGCAGCUGAUGAGGACGUGAAUGCUCAGCAAAGUUCGAAAGCGACUGCGAUCAGUGUUAGUUCACCGUUAUCGAACGAGAUUCGCCCGGAAGUGGAAGCUUGGGGGCAACAGCAACCAAAGCAAGGGGAGGAGCCCGACUCGAAGGAAGAGAAGCCACAACAGAAGGAAGAGGGGGAACCCGCGUUCUUUGAUCAGACAACUAGCUCUGGACCUGGGGCAUUCGUUGACGAGCCCGAUUCAAUGUCAAUGUCGUUCAAGUUUAACCAAAGCAACGAGAGUAUUCUCAAGCGCUUUGAGGAGUCGGCUCAACCCCAACGUGUUACGGUGGAGGAAGUAGAACCUGCCAAUCCACCUUCAUUUGGAUUCUCGGACCCUCUUCCGACUGCCAUGGAGCCCUUGAAACCUGAUAACGUUUCUCCUGAACUAAGAACUGCCGUCGAUGAUCCUUCAUACUUCACUAUCACCACAGCUCCCUAUCAUCCGACUUCAUUUAUUCAGCCGUCCGACUCGAGAGCCGAGUCAUUACAUGAAGCUAUCCAGAGGAACACGAUUGGUGCGAGCGGAAGGGAGAAAGAGAACGAAGCUGCAGGAGAUGUUCUGUCAUCUCAAACCACACCCAAGCCCCGAGGAACGGCAGCAGAUGCAGAGAACACGAAUGUAUUUUACGUACCUGCCACAUCCCCACCUGCUCCACUCAUUGUUCCCAACGACCCACCAGCACAGCAGACCCAGGACGCAGCGACGGAAGUGGAAGUCAUGCCAAAACCCAUCGUCCAACCCAUCGCCGUUCCAGCUUCAGUUCCAGUGCUACCCCAGGAACCACUGCAGACCAGUGAUGGGAACAUGCCGCACAACGUUCCAGUUUCCAUGCCUCAAGCGGAGGCCACUCCUGAGACGGCUCGCGGAGAAAUCACUGACCCGUUCAGGUCAAUGCCUAUCCCGAUACCUGUCGUGUAUACUCAGGACCAAUGGGGCCAAGACCGGAUGAAGGAUGUUGGGAACGGUCAUGCUGCUAGCGCAGAACCGUUGGAUAACCCUUUCGCCGAUCGACAUCAGGUUCACGCACAUCCGCAAGUGACAGUAGUCGAAUAUCCUUUACCUUCGUUUGAAGAGGUAGUUCCUGGUCGCUCCGUCAAGGACGUUCCAUCCAUGGCCAGUCUUGCGGGCAGGGAUGGAUAUCUUGCAGAGGAACACAAACCUCUACUACGUGUUCCCCCUGCACUACCUCGAAAGCACAACCGUGGAGGCUACAUGGCCACUGGAGAAGAUUCACAUAUGCAAACGUCUAAUCCCCAUGUCAUCAGUGUCUCUCCCAUGGACACAUCGUCAAUCGCUUCGACAAACGAUUACUAUUCGCAUAACAAUGGCCACGCUACAAAUUAUCACCAAGACCAUCAUCUUCACGGAUCUCAUGGUCAACCUCACGAAUAUACUUUUCAACACCGUUUAUCAUACCUUGGGUUCAUCGAGUUUUCACUUCCCGAUGGUGGAGUGUAUUAUGUGCAUGCUACACGGCGGGUAGUGGUCGAUGGGGAUUUGAGGAAACCAGGAAAGGCUGAUGAGGUUAAUCGGUAUCUGAAUGCCGGGUUUGCUACAGCAGUCUGGAAUAAUCGUACGAGUAGCGCCGAGCCUGGGUGGGAGUUAUGGCUGCGAGAAGUUCCUGGCGAAGGUGAUAAGAAAAAGAAGAGUACGGGGAAGGGGAAGAAGGGGAAGAAAGCGAAAGCUAAAGGAAAGGGAAAAUCGAUUGCAUCCGAGGAGGAAGCUCAGGAACCUACUCGGUUUGAGAGGUUUUGGGUGGAACACAAGACUCGUAGGGUGCUGGUCGAAUCGGAGUCGAGUGAUGGACAACCUCGAGGCAAUGUUGACGAUGCCCUUGAUGCAGAAUACCGUUUCUGGUCGUACAUGGAAGAUCAUCCAGCACAUACAUCUCUUCCUACGAACGCGAGGAAGGACGCUAUGGAUAUCCUAAACUGGACUUGGAGUGAUCGUUCGUUAAAGCCUGUAGAUGGACGAAGUGCUCCCUUCACUCCGGAUGAGUGUAAACAGUUAUUGGAUCACUUGAAGUCGUUCGGUGAUAUGCGGAAUGACCCCUCGAACUCGGGUAUUCAGAGCUUCGUCCAUACGAGGGUUGUCGCCAGAGUUUUGUUGAGAUCCAUUCAUUGGCGCCAAGCAACGUUCCGCCCUCAUAAGCCCUUCCCUCAAGACGUGGCAAAUACUAAACGAUACGUUGUUCAUCCGACCCCGCCGACCCCGCUGCAUAGAAGGAUUCUUGACUUUGUACUGUCACUCGUCUUUCUGGGUAUUCCGUAUAUAUUCUUGAACAGAAUGCACCCACAUCGGUUCUUGGACGAAGAGGGUGGAAGUAUGAAUGUGUUAAAAGGUGCAGCUGUGCCUAUGCUGGUCAUUGGCGCAUGUACUUGUUUGGUGGCCGCCAUCAUUCUGAGCGCCUCGGUGACCUUCCUUUCUCUCCCUGGUCUGGAUGCGAUCUCUCGUGUCGUGGGUCUCGUAGCCGCCUUAUUGGCCACAUUCUCGAUGAUCGCCACUGUCGUCGCGGUUUUCAAGUACAAGUCGGAUUUGGAAAGGUCUUUCACCUCUUUGGCCUUCAGCGGUUAUGCGCCCGGCUAUGGAACUAUCCCUAAUGUUGGUGCAUCCGGAGAGGGAAUGUUGGUUCAUUCCAGGCGCAUAGUCAUUUUGUCGCUCCCGCUCGCUCUUCUUGUAUACUCGGUGAUCGCAUUCGUCGGUGGGAUCGUAUUGUAUUCGUUCUUUGGCCAAGUGACAGGCGUUCAACCUGGAUCUACCGGGACUCUACAAGAACACUUUGAGAAGUACACUCAAUGGUCUGUGGUCGGUGUGGUAGGAGGUCUAGCGGGAGUGUUGGUCACAGCUAUGUUGAUGUUGAGGAAGUGAUUGUCCACUAUACGGUUUUUGCGGUUUCCUUCUGUUGUAUUCCUCUAUCUUUCCUAUGUCUUGCCACGUAUUUAUGUGUCUAGUUUUGACUUUACCAUUGUAGUCCAUGUCUUCCUGUUUUUCCUCUCUUGUAGAGUAAGCUUUAUUCACGCACAUCCUCAAUUAGGUUCCCUAGCCUCCUUACUUCGUCAUACUACGGCUGCACAAUCUAUGUUCAUCAAGCUAUACAGCAUUUUACCGAUUUAUAAUGAUUUGUCUUC